AUAUGGAAACAUCUUAUCCAUCAUCUUCGUAUUCUUCAACAAAUGCCACAAUAUCGAUAACGUCGUGGCAUUCAAAUACACGGUCAACUAGUGUUCACCCAUCCGAUACAACAACACCAUCUGUAGAAACAAAAUCUACCCCCUCAUCUCUUACACCUAAUGGGUCAGCGCCUGUUGCCGUUAUAGCCGGAUCUGUCAGUGGUUUGGUCAUGGUUGUAAUAGCAAGUAUUGGACUACUGAUCUUUUACAGAAAAAGGAAAAUUCAGAAAGAAAAUAACGACAAGGAAAGAAACAGUAGGAUCCAUUCAAACCAAGCCUACUACGUGAAUGACACCGUUUCAUCGUCUAGCAAAGACAGUGGACUUGUCAAGCAUAAUGACCUUGUGGUAGACGAAAUGGUGGACGGCGAAUACAACAGAUCGCGGCAACACAUUCCAGAUACCAACACAUCACAAGGUAACGCCUACGCUCACAUUGGACUAUCUACAGCCGUUGAUUUUACUUAUUCACACAUUCCAAAACCUAAAGGCGCGUUGUUUGACAACACUUACUCCCACAUAGCUAAUGGCAAACCGGUUGAGACAUUGGAAACCGAGGACACAAAUACAACCUAUAACCAAUUGGAAGAGUUUUGUUUUAGAAAAAAUACAGACAAAAAAGAAGAAUCAUGUGACGACACAUACAACCAUGCACAAAUGGAUCCUACCCAUCCUAAGGCAGAAAAGGAAGAUCGAUAUAAUACAUAUUCGCACAUUAACCAGGCUGGAUUAAACGGACAGAAACCAAACCCUGAUAAACAGUGCGCUGAUGCGCAGAAACCAACAAAGGCAACUGCCAACUAUACUCAGAUGAAUAAAGAAACAACAAUCGCUGCAAAAGGAAAAAAAACAUCAUCGUGACGCUCAAAAUGGCAAAAGUUCUAUGACAUCUGCUGAAAGUGAUAACAAAGCCGAAGUACACACUUAUUGUGUUCUGGAACCGAAUGCUAACCAGCGUUCUAAACAAGCUGUAUACGACUACGCAGUAGUAGCAAUGCCAGAGAAAGACCGUACAGAGUUCAAGGUUGUGGACGCGCCGACAGAUCCAACGCAUGAGUACUUUGUCCUUGAGCAUACUAACUGAGCUGUGACAUAUCAAUUAUGAAUGUUCCGCAAAGACAGUGCAAUGCAAAUGGAUUUAUCGCAUGUGUAACAAGAAAAUCUGAACGGUACUGUAAAGGGAGAACGGGAGAUUGCAUAAAUGAGACGUGUGCUCACUUUAACAUCAUUAAUUGUGUUUGACACUUGUCUAUAAACAUUAUUAGGUUAACAGUUUUGAAAAAUGAAGAACGAGAACUAAUAUUGACAUUAUAUCUACAUGUAUAUCGAAAACAAAAUUUACACUUCAUAUGAGCACAUUGUAAUGUUUACACAUAUAUGUAUUGAUGUUACGGCAAAGUUUGUCGAUCAAAGUUUGUCGAUCAAUCAACAAGUUCAUGAUUUAUAUACCUAACCAGUUGUACUAUUCAUAUUCACUGCCCUUUCUUUGAUAAUGCUACUCUUAAUAUUUACCAAAU